AUGGCUUUUGCGUCUGAACCCGUGGAUCCUAAGGAACCUGAGCUGAUAGGGAAGGAAAUCAUCACUUCUGUGAAGGAUAACCCUUCUCAGCGCGUCAAGUGGACUAUUCAUCGACCCGUGUCGGGCUGGUAUAUUCGCAUUCGAUCUUCCCACUUCGCGCCAAAAUCUUUCGUUUCCCUCGUUCCUUGUAACCCAUCGGAGGGAGAUCCGACGACCGGUGCCCUGGCAUUUACUUGCCAAACAAGAAUAGACAUGAACCCUCCACCUCCCGCGUACUCUCAUGCCGCCCAAGAAACCCCUUCAGUGCAAUCACCCAGCAUGUCUUAUCCUCCGCAACCUUCGGCAUCAUCGUAUUCUCCAGUCUCUUCCAGUAGCUCAUUGAAUUUGUACGCAACUGCUCUACGCAAUGGUCUAUCCUCACCCAAAUCACCUCCACCGCCGUUUGGAGCACCUGGAGCAUAUACUCGACCAGUCGCAAAUGUUCCCCCUGCUCACAUUGGCGUCACCAGAUUCGUCCUCAAGCCUGCUAGUAUUGCCGCGACCGCGCCGAGCCGACUUUCGUUCUUCUCUUCAGCUUUAAAAAGUUCCAUUUUCGGAGCCGGAAAGUCGUUUACGAUCCAGGCAUCUCACGAGUUCCAUUCAACUCCGAGCUCAUCCUCAGCCCCGCAUCCCCAAUCAGCCCCGACCACCCCAGUGCUCGCGUUUCGUGACACUACGCCUCUUAUUGGUGCACACUCCACAAGUGGAAUAAUUGAGCUAGAUCACGGAGUGGCGAGGGUGUUGGGAGUGGACUUAAGUUGGUGGAUUUCGGUUGCUCUGGCCUAUAUCGACUUCCUGGAUGAAAGAGAUGGAUAUCAAGCGGCUUCGGACGGCUAA